AGCAGAGUCAAAGUGAGGAGACGGAGCCAUGCCGCAGCCAUCUCUCUCGGCCACAUUGUGAAAUAGCGCGCAACUGCCCCCUCCCUGCGGCCACCUCCCAACCGCCAUAACCUUCACUUCCGCCUCCACCUCCACCUCUCUCCCAAAUCCCCAUUUUCCUCCUUUCCGCCAUCAAAACCCCUUCGCCUCUUCGAUUCAGCCCACAAAAUCGAGCAUCACCGACUGCGAUUUAUCAGAAAACCAACACUAAUCACUACCUCCACGACUUUCUACUCCCGAAUCGCAUCGCAAAUCGCCGUUGACUGUUCCUCACGACGACGCGGUUUUCUUAUCACAUCGUGCAUUCCAUAACCCCAGAAAAGGGUCAUGGAUCCUGGGGAUAGCAACCCAGAAACCAGACAAGGAAUUCCACUUAAUCGAGCUAGGAGUUUAGGCUCUUCAUUUAGGAGAAGCUCUUUUAACUCUUCUUGCGAUCAGCCUCCUCCAACUGAUCAUGAUGCUGAACGUGAGAGCGUUUCAGAAGCGGGGGACAUUGGGGAUCGUGCUCUUUACAGCAAUAGAUUCAGUGAUAGUGAGCGCUUUAGCUUAUCUCUCGAUCGUGCUUUGGAGAAUGGUGCAAUUGCCCCAAUCCCAGAGAACGCCUUCGUGCAAUCCUAUGGAUUUCGAGGUCGUGAAUCUGCAACAGUUAAUACUCCUGCUUCUCUUGUGCCACCUCAAGCUGAGGAAAUCGUGUCCACUCUUGCAAACUGCCCCAUAGAUCAUUCUGAAGACACAAAGCAAGAAAGCAAGAGGAAGUUUUCAAGGCUGUUGGAGUAUGUAACAUGCCUUGUUCAUCUUGCUGUUUUUGGAAUUCUUGGGGUCUUGACAAGAUAUGGACUACAGAAGUUGUUUGGCCCAGAGAAUGCAAACGUGACGAACAAUGAGACGAUUCUGUAUCCAGAUCUGCCUUCCAAUAUGGUGGGAUCAUUCUUGAUGGGAUGGUGGGGUGUUGUUUUCAAAGGAGACAUUUCAGGCAUUUCAGAUUAUCUAGCCAUUGGAUUGACGACCGGUUACUUGGGAAGCCUAACAACAUUCAGCGGAUGGAAUCAGAAAAUGCUGGAUUUGAGUGUCGACGGCCGCUGGCUCUUUGCCAUCCUCGGUUUCCUCAUAGGCUUGUUUCUGGUGGCCUACUCCAUAAUCUUCGGAAUAGAAACAGCAAAGGGCUUCCGAUGGAUUAUGAAAAGAAAAAACAUAACCUGCAGCUGGUGCUUGAAAGUGGACAGCUACGAGCGUGACUUAGCAGCAAUGGUGGGGUUUUCACUGAUGCUGAUUCUAUUAUGGAGCCUCAGUGGGAGCCUACUAGAGAGAGAUUUCAGCAGCGAGGCGGCGGAACUGUGGGUGGGUUGCCUGGUGGGGCCAGUGGGGGUAUGGGCGCGGUGGUUCUUAGCCAGGCUAAAUGGGCGGGGAGUGGGGCGUAAAGGGCGGUGGAAAUGGGUGCCGAUUGGGACUCUGAUGGCGAAUGUUUUAGCGGCGUGUGUGAUGGCGGCGCUGGCGACGGUGAAGAAAGCUGUGAAAACGGAGAAGGUGGAGACUGUAGCGAGUGGGGUGCAGUUGGGGCUGUUGGGGUGUUUGAGCACGGUGUCGACGUUCAUUGCAGAGUUCAACGCGAUGAGGCUGAGCGAGCAGCCUUGGAGAGCCUACGCGUAUGCGGCCCUCACGAUGGCCAUUUCCUUCGCAUUAGGCGUAUUGAUUUACUCUAUACCCGUCUGGACCCAGGGAUUCAAUACUAAAAUGUUGUAAAUCCCCAUUAUCAUAAUUCAUAUGAUAUUAGUACUUUAUAAUUUAUAAUUUUAUUUUUUAUGCA